CUAGCGUUACGAUGGUCCUUACACGAGUUGAUGGACGAUUGGGUGAACCUCUGAAGGGGCCCAUGGACUUGUCCCCAACGACACAAACCCUCAGAGGGGGAGAACAGAGGGCCUAUGCUCACCGACGCUUACAUCAGUCGAAUCAGCAAUAGACAUAUCCCUGAAUAUUCCUAAAUCUCUAGGAAGGAACGCACUGAAUUCACCACAAUUUCGGUGAAUAAAACCAUCACGACAUGCGCCGCUACGCCUCGUCACUCGCCCUUCACAAAUGCCCAACGCUCAAUCAGCAGCAAAAGUGAGAAAAACAAUGUCUGGCAGCGAAUUGGAUCAACUUUCUAUUAACACCAUCCGAUGCACCGCAGCGGAGAUGGUCCAGAAGGCCAAGUCUGGUCAUCCUGGUGCCCCUAUGGGCUGUGCCCCUAUGGGUCAUGCUCUUUAUGCCCACGCUAUGAAGUACAACGCUGCCAACCCCCAGUGGUGGAACAGGGAUCGCUUCGUCCUCUCCAACGGCCACGCCUGUGCCUUGCAGUAUGUGCUUAUGCAUCUUGCUGGUUACAAGGAUGUCGAUAUGGACCAGCUGAAGAACUUCCGUCAGUUGGGUUCCAGGACUGCUGGCCAUCCUGAGCGAGAGCUCUUGGAAGGUGUGGAGGUCACUACUGGCCCUCUUGGUCAGGGCAUCUCCAACGCUGUUGGCCUUGCUAUUGCUCAAGCUAACCUUGCUGCUACUUACAACCGUGAGGGGUAUGAGAUCUUCAACAACUACACAUAUACUAUCUGUGGUGAUGGUUGCCUCGAGGAGGGUAUCAGCUCCGAGGCAUGUGCCCUUGCUGGUCACUAUGGCCUUGGUCAUCUCAUCCUGCUCUAUGAUGAUAACCAUAUCACCAUUGAUGGCAACACUGACGUUGCAUUCACUGAGGACAUCACUAAGAGGUUCGAAGGUAUGCAGUGGCAGGUCCUUGAGGUCGCUAAGGGCGAUACUGAUCUCACUGAUAUCCUAGCCAAGAUUGAGGAGGCCAAGAAGUGCACCGACAAGCCUACUAUCAUCAAGGUCCAUACCACUAUCGGUUACGGCUCCGCCAAGCAGGGCACGUCUAAGGUCCAUGGCUCCCCCUUGGGUGACGAGGAUCUCGCCAAUGUUAAGACGGAGUUUGGCUUCGACCCUGAGAAGCACUUUGAGAUCCCCGCUGAGGUCCGCAGUCUCUACCAGAGCGCCCUUGCUCGCGGUGAGAAGGCCAACAAGGAGUGGGAUGAUCUCCUUGCUAAGUUCGCCCAGGCCUAUCCUACUGAGUACGCUGAGCUCGUCAGACGUUUCAAGGGAGAAUUGCCCAUCGAUUUGGACGAGUGCAUCCCCAAGUAUCAGCCUGGUGACAAGGCUAAGGCCACUCGUGUCACCAGUGGUGAGGUCCUUGCUGCUCUCAUGAAGCGCCUCCCUGAGGUUGUUGGAGGCUCUGCUGAUCUUACUGCCUCUAACAUGACCAAUAUGGGCAGCUUCCCCGUCAUGCAGAAGGGUGCCAUGCAGAACCGCUACAUGGAGUUCGGUAUCCGCGAGCACGGUAUGGCUGCUAUCUUGAAUGGUAUGCACGCCUAUGGCGGCUUCCUUCCCUUCGGAGCCACCUUUGUCAACUUCAUUGGCUACUGCUGGGGUGCUGUCAGGCUCUCUUGCCUGUCUCAGCAGCAGGUCCUCUAUGUCAUGACUCAUGACUCCAUCGAUCUCGGUGAGGAUGGUCCUACUCAUCAGCCUAUUGAGAUGCUCCCCUUGUUGCGUGCUACCCCUAACAUGAGCACCAUCAGACCAUGUGAUGGCCGCGAAACCGUCGGUGCCUAUAUGGCCUACUUGAACAACAAGCAGGGUCCUACUACUCUUAUUCUUAGUCGUUCUGGACUUCCCACCUUCGACCAUUCCUCUCCUGAGGGUGCUAUGAAGGGCGCUUAUAUUAUUGAUGAUUUCUCUGGUAAGGGUGACAAGAAGGUCAUCAUUGUCGCCAGUGGCACUGAGGUUCUCCAGUCUGUGGAGGCUAAGAAGUUGCUGGCCGAGCAGGGCGUUGAUGCUCGUGUUGUGUCUAUGCCUUCUUGGGAUCUUUUCGAGAAGCAGAUUGAUGACUACAAGAAGGUUGUUUUCCCUGAGGGUGUCGAGAGGUUGAUGGUUGAGGCCGCCAGUCCCCUCGGUUUCGAAAGAUAUGCUGAUGACUGGAUCGCCAUGUCCACAUUCGGAGCCUCUGGUCCCGCCAAGGAUGUCAAGGCCAAGUUCGGCUUCACUCCGGAGAACAUUUGUGAAAAGGCUAAGAAGCUCGCCGCCUAAGGGAGCUGCUUCUACGAAGACUAAUGCCCCAUUACUAGUGGGGCGUCUGUUCAUACUGCCGUAUUAUUUCAGUUUCUAGUAAUUACUACUAUUUAUAGUCUGUGCUCAAGAUGAUGCCGUUGACUCCGCUACUAUGCGACGUUGGUGUUGAGGACACAUCUGGGAUAUGAUAAAUCCGGAAA